UCCGUCCAAAACGCGAGCACGACACUCUCCAUUAAGAAAGUGAACGGAGCACAUGAGCCGUUAGCUGGGAAUCAAGUUCGUGGUGUAAUUAGACCUAUUACACAUCUAUUAUAACUAAUAUAUCGAGUUGAUAAAGAGGCGAGAGUGCGAAAGUAAAGGAUGGAAAUGGAGGAUAGGAUACGGAGGAUUCAGGAUUGGUUAGAGGAAAUAAUUGAGAGGAAACGGGAAGAAAUACAGAAAAGAGAAGAGAAGGAGAAGAAUCCAGAAGAAAGACUAAUUGGAAUAGAGAAUAGAUUAGCAAAUUUGCAGCUUUCAAGUGGUCUUCAACUGAGUCAAGUCACAGCGGCACCCGUGAAAAGACCACAGGGGUGGCAUCAGUCUGUCACUCCAGAUCUCAGAAAUCACUUAGUUCAAAAAUUGGCCCAAACAUUUUCAAUGUUCCACGCUCCGAAUCCACAACCUAUACUCGACAAAAUAAUGUGCAACUUGGUUGCGUACGCAAGAGAGAUGGAGUGCGUUAUGUUCGAAAUGGCUACUACGCGAUCGGAAUAUUAUCAACUUUUGGCCGAAUGUAUCUAUAAAAUACAAAAUGUAUUGGAAGAAAAAAGUCAGAAAAGGGAAGAACAAAAAUUACUAGCUCAGCAACAACUGUAAUCGACAGGCGCAUUUCGGACUGAGGACAUGCGCACCUCCUAACCGUCGAAAUCGUUAUUCCAAAAACAUCAAAACCAGUUGGAGCAGUACCGCCUACUUUCCGAAGUCACUCACCGAGUAUGAAUCAACUAGGGGUGCAUUCCGAUAUUUACUGCCAGUACUGGCAGCGUCACAAGUACCGUUCCAAAAUACAUAGCAGUAAGCUGUCGAAGCACGUUUGCGAGCAUAUGACGUCACGGAUUUUGUCGUCACUUCCUGCUUUCAUCACUACGGUUGGAGAAGUAAGGCAGUCGCAGUAGAAAGAUGGCGGCGUCCAUUCUUACGUGUUCACUGAUUGAUUUUUGGUUAUGUUUGUACACUUCAAAAGAUACUAUAAAAUCGUUUCGUUAUACGAUGGAAGAAACAGUACAAGUAAUUGCGGAACAUAGAAACAGCAUUGUUUUAUGACGUCACAUUGUCAGUACUGGCAGUGAAUAUCGGAAUGCACCCUAGGAACAAUAACUGCAAUGGCCAUUCAACAACAUAACAGAAUGUAGUUCUCUCAACAACAACAAAUUCAAGCAACAGAUACAGUAGCAAUAAUAACAGAAUUCUGAGUGGUCCUCUCGGUCUCAGCCCGAACGGACAAUUCGGGAUUAUAAUGCCUGGACCCCGGCAUGCAUUAAUUCGGGCACUCUUUUUAGAUGUCUCAAAUAAACCAUAAGAAUGUAUGAAUAAAAAUGUCAAAUAUUAUAAAAUUAU